AUGUUUAUCCUCCGCCCUGCAUUCGACGAAUUGCAGUUCGGAGAACGGAACUCCGGCACCAAGACGCUGAGCGGCCAGGCCCAAGACUACGAUGUCCUGUUCGAGACGUGCCGGCAGAAGAAGGCACUCUUCGAGGACCCCGAGUUUUCGUGCAACGUGUCCAACGUGUACGGCAGCAAAACGCCCGAAGAAAAACUUCUCUGGAAAAGACCGCGGGAGCUCUGCGAGAAUCCUCAGUUCAUCAAGGACGGAUUUUCCCGCUUCGACGUCAAGCAGGGAGAAUUAGGUAAUUGCUGGAUGGUGGCCUCAACGGCCAUCCUGGCUAUGCACAAGGACCUUCUGGCCCGCGUUGUCCCGGAACCCCAGAGCUUCGACGAGGACAAGUACGCGGGCAUCUUCCACUUCCGGCUGUGGAAGGACAACCGCUGGGUGGAUGUGUCUGUGGACGACAGGCUUCCCGUGAACGAGGACGGAGAACUCCUCUUCAUGUGCUCCCGCGCCAAGGACGAGUUCUGGAGUGCGCUCCUUGAGAAAGCCUUCGCCAAACUCCACGGGGGCUAUGCUGCGCUGGAAGGAGGUAGUGGCGUCGAGGCCAUGCUCACCUUCACGGGAGGACUGUCAGAGCAGAUUGACUUGUCCGAACCACACAAGGAUUUUUAUAAGACCCUCCAAAAGGCCUUUGAGAGGUCUUCUCUCCUGACUUGUUCCAUUCUGGAGGAAGAAAAAGGUGGAAAGGGACUCUCCGUGCUGCACGAGUACAGCCUGACAGGCGUCAACAAGGUGACUCUGCCGGACGUCGGAACCGUCGAACUGGUACGGCUGAGAAAUCCUUGGGGCAGCUCGGAAUGGAAGGGACCCUGGGGAGACAAGUCCAAAAAAUGGGAGCAAGUCAGCGAGGAGAAAAAACAAGAGCUUGGACUGGUGAUCAAAACUGACGGGGAGUUUUGGAUGUCCAUGGAAGACUUUCUAAAGCACUUCCAACUGCUCGACAUUUGCCACCUGGGCCCUGACACCCUGAGCAGCCAUACGACCGGCGAAAGUGCCUCAAAAAGAUGGGAGAUGUCAACGUUCGAAGGGGCCUGGGUACCGGGCUCCAACGCCGGGGGAGGCCCCAGUGACAUGGAGAAGUUUGCCACGAACCCGCAGUACAUGAUCACGCUGGAGGAGCCCGACGACGACAACGAAGAUGGAGAAUGCACAGUCAUCGUCGCCCUCCUCCAGAAGGACCGGCGUGUCUUCGAGGCCACGGAGGGAAUGUUUCGCAGCAUAGGAUUUGCUUUGUAUGAGGUGGAGGAUCCCUGCUCGUGUCCCGUGCCGCUGACCCAAGAGUACCUGGAGGACAACACCAAGGUGGCCGAGGUCGAAGAGUUCCGGCCUUCGCGGGAGGUGACGAAGCGGUUCCUGCUCCUCCCGGGCAACUUCUGCGUCAUCCCGGCCACCGAAGAGCCGGACUUGGCCGGAGAGUUCCUGCUCAGAAUCUACACCGAAAAGAAAAGCAUCUCAAAGGAACACGACGAAACCCCCGGAAUCAUCGAGAAGCCGCCAGCGAUCUUUGACGUGUGCCCUAUUGACAAAGAGGAUGACGGCGCAAAGCCGACGGAAAAUGAGAACGAAGUGGACGGUGGGGAAGGAAGCAAGGAAGAGGAAGAAAUCGAAGUCGACGAAGACCUCAAGCGAAUGUUUAACGAAGUUGCCGGCGAUGAGGGGAAAGUGUGCUGCGAGUCGCUUCAAAGUCUACUCAAGAAGGUUUUUGAAAGAGACGGCAAUCCUCAAGAGUUCUCCCUGGACAUCUGCAGGAGUAUGGUGGCCCUCAUCGACGACAACUACACAGGACAGCUUUCGGUGGAAGAAUUCGCAUUUCUGUACAAGAAAAUCAAAGAAUGGGAGGCCGCGUUCAAAGAGAGUGAUAAGGACUGCACUGGCUAUCUCAGCACCUACGAGCUCCGCAACGCGCUUCGCAAUGCAGGCUACAGCGUAAACCAGCACGUGCUCAAGGGUCUGGUGCUUCGCUACGGACACGACAGGAAGAUCGGAUUCCAAGACUUCAUCGGCUGCGCCGUGAAACUUAUGUGCAUGAUCUAUAUCUUCGACGAGUGGGAUGAAGACAAAGAGAACUGCGUCAUGGUCACCAGGAAUGAAUGGCUCAAGGUCACCAUGUAUUGUUAGCGUCUUGCCGAGCAAGGCGGAAAUUCGGCGGCGGCACCGAAGCGACCAAGAGAUGGGGGCCAUCUUCCUUAACACAAAACUUUUUUUUUUUUUUUUUUUUUUUGUCCAGGCGUUGAACGUUAAAUAAACAAUUAUUAACGAAGAA